CUUUCCAUUGGGUAACACUGGGGAACUUGGGGAAAGGGGCAUUCCGGGAAUUGUAGUCUUCGCAGGAAAGUGGUUUCUUGAACAGUGUGGCGUGGUUCUAUACUUUAUUAGAUGAAUGGGAAACGGCCAGCUGAGCCCGGCCCGGCCCGGGCGGGAAAAAAGGGAAAGAAGGGGGUGAUAGCGGAGUUUUCGGACGCUGUCACGAAGGAAACCUUAAAAAAGGAGGUGGCAGAGGCCUGGAGCCGAAGGACGCCGUUCAGUCACGAAGCCAUUGUCAUGGAAAUGGACCCCUUUCUUCACUGUGUGAUCCCAAACUUCAUUCAAAACCAAGACUUCUUGGAAGAACUUCAGAAGGAACUUUUGAACUUGGACUUCCACGAAAAAUACAAUGAUUUAUAUAAGUUCCAACAGUCUGAUGAUUUGAAGAAGAGAAGAGAGCCUCACAUCUCUGCUUUAAGGAAAAUUCUGUUUGAAGAUUUCCGGGCCUGGCUUUCUGACAUUUCUAAAAUUGACCUGGAAUCAACUAUUGACAUGUCCUGUGCUAAAUAUGAAUUCACUGAUGCCCUACUCUGCCACGACGAUGAGCUGGAAGGCCGCCGGAUUGCCUUCAUUUUGUACCUGGUUCCUUCCUGGGAUAAGAGUUUUGGGGGCACACUGGACCUCUUCAGUACUGAUGAACACUUUCAGCCCAAGCACAUCGUCAAGUCUCUUAUCCCUUCGUGGAACAAACUGGUCUUCUUUGAAGUGUCUCCAGUAUCCUUUCACCAGGUGUCUGAAGUCCUGUCUGAAGAAAAGUCACGUUUGUCUAUAAGUGGCUGGUUUCAUGGUCCUUCACUGACCAGGCCUCCCAACUACUUUGAACCCCUCGUACCUCGGAGCCCUCACAUCCCACAAGACCAUGAAAUUUUAUAUGAUUGGAUCAACCCUACUUAUCUGGACAUGAAUUAUCAAGGUCAAAUUCAAGAAGAGUUUGAAGAAAGUUCUGAAAUUCUCCUCAAGGAGUUUCUUAAGCCUGAGAAAUUUGCAAAGGUCUGUGAGGCCCUGGAGAAAGGAGAUGUGGAAUGGAACAACCGAGGUCCCCCUAAUAAAAGGUUUUAUGAGAAAGCUGAAGAGAGUAAGCUUCCCGAUAUACUGAAAGACUGCAUGGAAUUAUUCCGCUCCGAGGCACUGUUCUUGCUGCUCUCCAACUUCACAGGCCUGAAGCUUCACUUCUUGGCCCCUUCAGAAGAUGAGACUGAUGACAAAAAAGAGGAAGAAGCAGCCUCUGCUGCUGAUUGUACUGAAGAAGGGACUAGCCAUAGCUCCUCUGCACCAGAGCAUAAGCAGGCAGCCGUUAGCAGCGAGAGCCAACAGACAGGCCCAGAGCCAGAGGAAAAUGAAACAAAGAAAGAAUUAAGUGUUCCCACAUGCCAAGGAGAAUUGAGGCAUUGGAAGACGGGUCACUACACUUUAAUCCAUGACAAUAGCAAGGCUGAAUUUGCCCUGGACUUAAUUCUCUACUGUGGAUGUGAAGGCUGGGAGCCAGAGUAUGGUGGCUUUACUUCCUACAUUGCAAAAGGGGAAGAUGAAGAGCUGCUAACAGUGAAUCCAGAAAACAAUUCUUUGGCCUUGGUCUACAGAGAUAGAGAGACUCUGAAAUUUGUCAAGCAUAUUAACCACCGAAGUCUAGAACAAAAGAAAACCUUCCCAAACAGAACAGGUUUCUGGGACUUUUCAUUCGUCUAUUAUGAAUGAUAGGACUGCGCAAAGCGGAACAAAAACAUGAUCCUUCAUUAGUACUGGGAAAUCUGGAGGAGCUGGGCACGGAGUGAGGUAAAGCUGCUUGGUAUAUUGUCUACAUUGUUCUUAACACUGGUUGCCCUUUAAUAGGAUUCUAUGACUGUCUCAACCUAGACCUUGAGCUUGGAGAUAAUAUACUUAUUUCUUCAUUAAAAAAAAUUUUUUUUUAACUUU